UAUAUAUAUAUGAUGGGUUAUGAACAAAGGCCACGCAUGUACGUAUUCAUUUACUGACAACACUUGCCUUGCCAUCAAGGUUCCCUUGGCAUCAUGACAAAUCACAUAUACAUACACACAUAUAGAAGUGGAAAACAGUGAUUGGGAAUGGCCAUGAAAGCAUAUGUGUGUAUAUGGCAGCACGAGAUGCAAGGAGGUCAAGGAGGAAAAUGAGGCUGCCUUUGCAGUUACAGAAGGACCGGCAAUGGCGAAGGAGAACAGUGGACAUCACCAUGCGGAUUCAAGGAGAAAGAGACUGACGUGGAUUCUCGGUGUCAGUGGACUCUGCAUAUUGUUUUACGUUCUGGGUUCGUGGCAGAACAGCACCAUUCCCACCUCUCCAUCGGAGGUUUACUCCAGAGUCGGAUGUGAUAAUAAUCAGUCUCCUCCUUCGUCAUCGUCGUCUUCUUCCUCCGAUGAUGAUCCGCCAUUGUUGUCCUCUUCCGAACCAGCCGAGCUAGAUUUCGAAAGCCAUCACCAGCUCGACCUCAAGGAAACGGUGCAGACCGUGAAGCAGUUCCCGCCAUGCGAGAUGUCGUUCAGUGAAUACACUCCCUGCGAGGAUCGGGAGAGAGGGAGGAGAUUCGACAGGAACAUGUUGAAGUACAGGGAAAGGCAUUGUCCUACGAAAGACGAGCUUCUCUACUGUCUGAUUCCUCCUCCUCCCAAGUACAAGAUCCCGUUCAAGUGGCCACAAAGUCGAGACUAUGCUUGGUAUGACAACAUUCCCCACAAGGAGCUCAGCAUUGAAAAGGCUAUCCAGAACUGGAUUCAAGUAGAGGGUGACCGUUUCAGAUUCCCCGGUGGGGGCACCGGCUUUCCCCGUGGAGCCGAUGCCUAUAUCGAUGACAUUUCCCGGCUCAUUCCUCUUACCGAUGGAGGCAUUAGGACAGCUAUCGACACUGGUUGUGGUGUUGCGAGUUUUGGUGCCUAUCUCUUGAAGAGGGAUAUUAUCGCAAUGUCUUUUGCUCCAAGAGACACACACGAAGCUCAGGUCCAGUUCGCGCUUGAACGGGGAGUUCCUGCAAUAAUCGGCAUCAUGGGAUCAAACCGGCUUCCUUAUCCAGCUAGGGCCUUUGAUCUUGCUCACUGCUCUCGGUGUUUGAUACCUUGGUUUCAGUACGAUGGUCUGUACCUGAUUGAGGUGGACCGAGUUCUGAGACCGGGUGGGUAUUGGGUCCUCUCGGGUCCUCCCAUUCACUGGAAGAAGUACUGGAGAGGCUGGGAAAGAACUGAAGAAGAUCUGAAGCAAGAGCAAGAUUCUAUCGAAAACGUUGCCAGGAGCCUUUGCUGGAAAAAGGUCAUCGAAAAGGGCGACUUCUCGAUCUGGCAGAAGCCUAUCAACCACGUCGAGUGCAAUAAGCUCAAGCGUGUUCAUAAAACACCGCCUAUUUGCAACUCAGAUAACCAAGAUUCCGCUUGGUACACUGAGUUGGAACAUUGCAUUACUCCACUGCCAGAGGCUAGCAAUCCAGAGGAACUUGCAGGUGGUGCAUUGGAGGACUGGCCCGACAGAGCGUUUGCUGUCCCUCCAAGAAUUAUCAGAGGAACGAUACCCGGAAUCAAUACCGAGAAAUUCCGAGAGGACAAUGAAGUUUGGAAGGAGAGGGUAUCAUACUACAAACGGAUAAUCCCCGAGCUGUCUACUGGAAGAUUCAGGAAUAUAAUGGACAUGAACGCUUACCUCGGGGGAUUUGCUGCAGCAAUGCUGAAAUAUCCGGUCUGGGUGAUGAAUGUAGUGCCCGUGGACUCGGAGAAACAGACGUUAGGUGCGAUCUAUGAGCGUGGACUGAUCGGAACGUACCAAGACUGGUGUGAAGGAUUCUCUACAUAUCCAAGAACGUAUGACCUGAUUCAUGCAGGGGGAUUGUUCAGCAUUUACGACAACAGGUGUGACAUAACGUUGAUACUGUUGGAGAUGGACAGAAUCUUGAGACCGGAGGGAACAGCUGUUUUCAGAGACAAUGUGGAUACACUGACGAAGAUACAAAGCUUAACGAAUGGGAUGAGAUGGAAGAGUCGUAUUGUUGACCACGAGAACGGUCCCUUUAACCCCGAGAAGAUCCUUGUCGCCGUCAAGACUUAUUGGACAGGUGAUGAUUCCACUUCCAACUAGUUUAGUUCCUCCUACCUUGGAACUCUCCCCCUUUGUCUUUUUUUUUUUUAAUUUAUUUUAUUAUCAUGGAAGAUAAAAGAUGAAUUUAGAAGACGGUUAGAUCAUUAUAUUUUUUUAUGUUUGUGAGAUGUGAAAUUCUGCUUUGAAGAAUUUCCCACAAACUCAUAUAACAUAUGUCACGUUGGUUUCAUUUUGGUUUUGAUCAUUUCUUGAAGUUUGGUUCUUCUUCCU